AUGUGGUUCCAGGGACCAAGCCUCCAGCUUGCUGCUUUGUCAGUACUGCUACCAGUCUCCAACGCAUUCAGCGUCACAACGACAAACGAUGCAAAUACUCUAGCCAAUGCGAUACUUGGCCAAGGCAUCACUGUUUUACAGGCGUCUUUCUCGGGUGCAGCGGUUAGUUCAGGGUUGUUUUCUGAUGGACCUUUUGGCAUCGGGAGUGGUGCGAUACUCACUUCUGGCUCUGCUGUUGGAGCUCUACCGGGCGGUGAUCACUAUGUCAACAAUGGAGCCCCUGGCUCAGAUACCUAUUGUGGUCCAAACACUUUCAACGCUGCGCUAUUGACCGUUGAUUUAUUCCUCGAUCCGACCUAUAGCGGCAUCAGAGUCGAGUUUAUCUUUGCGUCGGAAGAAGAAGGCGGCUCUGCUGAUCCUAUGGGUAUCUUCAUUGGCGGCACGCAAUAUGCUAAAGAUACCAAUGGUCAACGAAUAACCGCAACCAACCGUUAUGUUCUACAGCCUCUUGCUAUUACUCCGCCUAAUAGCGUCACUUCAUAUCCUGGCUCGUCACCACCUCUCUUUGUUGACAUUUUGACCUCUGGUGCACAAACCAUGGUCAUUGCCAUUUGUGAUCAGAGUGAUUCAGAGUGGGACUCCGCUCUUUUAAUCAAGGCUGAGGGUUGCGUUGAUUGUGAUACUGAUAUGCGCCUCGCCUAUGUCACGACCACAACCACAUUGGACGCAGGCGAGACCCCUUAUACAUCGACUAUCACCGCUUCGGGUACUGUUUCUGGAACAAUCAAGAUUGGAGUAUUGGCUGCCACUACCGAAGAAGCAACUACUACUGCUGAUGACGAAACCACCACGACAACUGCGGAAACAACCACCACUGCGGUUAACGGAAUCACAACUACCACUGCUGAAGAAGCAACUAGCACCACUGCCGAGGAAUCUACAACCGCCACUGCUGAUGUCAAAAUCACUACUACUACUGAAGUCGAAACCACUACCACUGCCGAAGAAACGACCACCACUGCAGCUGACGAAACCACUACGACAACUGAAGAGACAACCACUACUGCUGUUGACGGAGUCACUACUACCACUACUGAAGAAGUACCUACUACUACUGCCGAGGAACCUAUAACCAUCACUGCUAUUGACGGAACUACAACUACUGCCGACAUCAACCAGUGA